AACAGUAAAAAAGCAAGAUUUUUUUCUAUAAAUAUUUGUUACACCAACCAUGUCCCAACCAAAGAAUUCCUCAUUCAGCAACUCAUCUUCAAACAUUUCAGAUGAUGAUGAGGGCAGCAGUCCUGCUGCUCGUUCUAGUUGGUGGAGUGACGAUCUCGGACAGCGUCGAGUCCCGGAAAUCGAGGACUCUCGAGACGUUGGAUUACUCUGCAAUCAGCUGCAGAGCUCACAGCGCCUCGAUCGUGGAUUUUGGUGGAGUAGGAGACGGCGCCACGCUCAACACCGGAGCGUUUCAGCAGGCGGUGGAUCACCUGAGCCAAUACGCAUCGGACGGCGGCGCUCAGCUGUUUGUUCCGGCGGGGAAGUGGCUGACGGGGAGCUUCAACCUCACCAGCCAUUUCACUCUCUACCUCCACAAAGAUGCUGUCCUUCUUGCUUCUCAGGAUAUAAAAUCAUGGGCGGUGGUGGAUCCUCUGCCGUCGUACGGCCAUGGAAGGGAUGCUGCAGGUGGGAGAUAUAUCAGCCUUAUAUUUGGAACUAAUCUCACUGAUGUUAUUGUCACUGGUGAAAAUGGGACAAUUGAUGGGCAGGGUGAUGUGUGGUGGCAGCAGUUUCACAAGAAGAAGCUCAAAUACACUCGCCCUUAUCUCAUUGAAAUCAUGCAUUCUGACACCAUUCAGAUAUCCAAUCUCACUUUUCUCAAUUCCCCCUCUUGGAAUGUCCAUCCAGUCUACAGCAGGAAUGUCAUCAUCCAAGGCCUCACAAUUCUUGCCCCAGUAACUUCUCCUAAUACAGAUGGGAUCAAUCCAGAUUCUUGCACUAACACGAGAAUUGAGGACACGUACAUCGUCUCUGGCGACGAUUGCAUCGCGGUGAAGAGCGGGUGGGACGAGUACGGCAUUAGCUACGGCAUGCCAACGAGGCAGCUGGUCAUCCGGCGCCUCACGUGCAUCUCGCCCUACAGCGCGGCCAUCGCGCUGGGGAGCGAGAUGUCCGGCGGGAUCGAGGACGUGAGGGCACAAGACAUCACGGCGAUCAACACGGAAUCCGGUGUGAGGAUCAAGACCGGAGUGGGCAGGGGAGGCUACGUCAGAGAUGUGUAUGUCAAAGGCAUGAAUCUACACACAAUGAAGUGGGUUUUCUGGAUGACCGGCAACUACGGCUCCCACGCCGACGACCACUACGACCCCAACGCCAUGCCGGAGAUCAAGGGGAUAAACUAUCGCGACGUCGUCGCCAACAACGCCACCAUGGCCGCCCGCCUCGAGGGCAUAGCCGGUGAUCCCUUCACCGGCAUAUGCAUGUCCAAUGUCACCAUCGGGCUGGCCGCCAAGGCCAAGAAGUACCCGUGGACGUGCACCGACGUCCAGGGGGUCACCGGGGGCGUGGUGCCGCCCCCGUGCCCCCUUCUGCCCGAGCAGGGGGUGAAGGAAGAAGGGAUGUGUGAUUUUCCUGCAGACACUCUACCUAUAGAUAAUGUAGAGUUACAAACAUGUUCAUACCAAAUGAACUAUUUUUAGGAGGCGUUUGGUUGGAAUGGUAAAAUAUGAUUGACAAAAUAAUUCAACUUAGUCAAGUGUUCAGUCUGUCUGUGAUGAAUAACUCGAGCUGCACUCAUCACCUCAAAGUUGGGUUAAUUGUUUAAUCAUCCUCUAAUCCAUUGCAACAUUCCAAAAAAAUACUUUUGACUAAAAUUAUUAUUGAUUUUGUUUGUUCUCAAA